ACGUCGCCUCCCUGACUACCAUGGCCGCUGUCGCCUCACCUCUCGAAGCAAGCGCGUCACUCAUCAAGCGUUUCACGCAAAUUAUUUACUAAAACGGAUUUGCAAAGGGAGAUUUUUAAAAAAAAAUUUAAACGACAUCACAACAAUGUGAAUAUCUUUUAGACGCUUUAUUGUUGCACAAACAAAAAAAAACACCCAAUCUGUUGGCAGGCACCGCUUUGGGGUCCCUGGGGUGGGUGUGUUGGGUGACGCCGACUCGCAUCGUGAGCGACUCGGCGAGGCCUCCGCCUCUCAGCGACUUCCCAGUUGGACUCCCGGGGCCUGGCCCAGGCUGCGGUCGGCAGGGAGGCGAUGCCAAAGAAGUUCUCCACCGAGAACACCAAGGCGGCGGCGGCCCGCGUCCGCAAGGAGGAGGCCAAGGCGGUCGCCACGGCCAAGAAGCAGAAGGAGGUGGAGGAUGCCCUCUGGGUGGAGGAUGACAAGAACGUGCUCAAGAAGGAGCAGCGCAAGGUGGAGCGCGAGAAGAAGCGGUUGGAGCAGUUGGAGCGCAAGAAGGAGGCCCAGCGGCUGUUGGACGAGGAGCAGGCCAGCCUGAAGGGCCGCGCCGCCAAGCAGGCGGCCGCGGCGGCGGCGGCGGCGGCGGCGGCGGCGGCGGCGGCGGGCGGCGGCGGCGGCGGCAAAGUGACGCGAGCGCAGAUCGGCGAGGCGCUCAAGCGCGAGCAGGAGGAGCGCACCAACGGCUCGGACGGCGAAGGCGGCGUCGCGGGCAAGGCGGUGACUCAAGCCGACCAACCGCUGGAGGAGAACAUCAACCGGCUGGUGGCUGCCGACGACGCGGUGGAAGCCCGGUCCGUGGACGACGCCAUCGCGGCCCUCAGCACCAAGGAGAACGUCGACCACCACCCCGAGCGGAGGAUGAAGGCGGCGUACACGGCCUACGAGGAGCUGCACCUGCCCCGGCUGAAGAAGGAAAACCCCAACAUGCGGCUGUCCCAGCUGAAGCAGGUGCUCAAGAAAGACUGGAUGCGCUCGCCGGAGAACCCCAUGAACCAGAAGCACGCCGCGUACAACGUCAAGGCAUAAGUUGGACCCCCCGACCCUCCCUCCCCCCAUUCCCCUAUCCCACCCCCGAGUCUCCCCCCGCACCUCCAGAACCGUCGUAUCGUCGCCGUGUCUGCGGGGUUGGGGCCCGAGCGCCUCUCUCUUCUCUCUCUUCUCUCUCUCUCUCUCUCUUCUCUCUCUUCUCUCUCUUCUCUCUCUUCUCUCUCUCCGCGGCCCCAACGCGCAGCCCCCGGCGAGGAAUGAAGCUCCCGGCACGUGGGGGGGGGGGGGGGGGGGGGCGAGCGGAACGCGCGCCGAGAGCUCGACUGCGGCGUGAGAAACGCCGCGCCGGUCAGGGUACCGGCGUUGGACCCGGGGAGUUCCCAGCCCCUGGGGGUUUGGGUCAUCGCGUCCCUGGGCCACGACUUAAAUUGCUGUUAAAAUCGGCUGGGGAGACUAACGACGGGAAGAUGUAACACCCCACCCCUACCCCCCACCCCCACCCCAAAAUAAAUCGACGCUUUCUGUCUGACAA